UGUACGCACAGAAAAGACAAUCUGUAAAUGCAACUGCUAUCUCCUAACUAAUUUAGCUUCUCUCCCCCUCAGUUUUCAGACCAAAGUUAAAAAACAAGUCAUUCUCAUCCUCAAUGACUACCCAAGCAGAUAUUCCUUCUUCUUCUUCUGCUCCUCUCCCUCCGAUCCCUAAAUACGGUGUCUUUCUCAGUUCCAGCGGAGAAGACACCGAUCAAAAUUUUACAGAUCAUCUCUGUUAUGCUCUGAACCGGAAGGGGAUAUUGACAUUUAGAGAUGGCGAAGAACUCGAGAGGGGAAAAGCAAUUGAAGAAUCAAGAUGUGUAAUUGUGGUUCUUUCAGGAAACUACACCAAUCCAUGGUGUUUGGAUGCGAUUGCAAAGAUCGUUGAAUGCAAGGAAGUGAUGAUGAAACUGGGAGUACUCCCAGUCUUUCUUGAUGUGAAUCCAUCUGAUGUACGAAAACAAACAGGGGAUCAUUUCGGCGAAGCCUUCUCGAAGCAUGAAGAGGCCUUUAAACACGAACCGGAGAAGGUGCGCAGGUGGAGACGUGCUCUUACUUCAGUAGCCAAUCUCUCUGGAUGGGAUGUGCAAAAUCGUCAUGAAGCCAAAGUUAUUCAAGAAAUGACAGAAGUUAUUCUCAUAGAAUUCUUUCCUAGAAUCCCAAGUGUACCUGAGGGAUUAGUUGGGAUGGAUUCUCAUCUGAACAAAAUGCUCUCGUACUUGGAAGUGGGGUGUCCUGAAGUUCGUACCGUAGGGAUUUGGGGGAUGGGGGGUAUCGGAAAGACAACUAUUGCAAAAGUUGUUUAUGAAAGGAUUUAUUCUCAGUUUGAAGGUCACGUCUUUCUUGAGAAUGUCAGAGAAUCAAGUCAUAAGCCAGGUGGUAGUAUUGGUUUACAAGAGGAACUUCUUUCGAAGUUGCUGAGACAUAAUGUAAAUGUAGGUAACAUAGCUAGGGGAAUAAGCAUGAUCAGGCAUUGACUAGGUACUAAAAUGGUUCUUAUCGUUCUUGAUGAUGUGGAUGAACUAGACCAAUUGACAGCAUUGUGUGGUGAUGCUAGUUGCUUCGGGUCAGGGAGUAGAAUCAUCAUAACAUCAAGAAAUGAGCAUUUGCUGAAAGUAUUUAGUGUGGACAUCACAUACAAUGUCAAUGCAUUAUCUGAUGUUGAGGCUCUUCAGCUGUUUUGUUCGAGAGCCUUCAAGAAGGACCAGGUUGGAGAAGAUUUUCUCAGGCUUUCUAAGGAGUUUGUAAAAUAUGCUGCUGGCCUUCCAUUAGCUCUUCAAGUAUUGGCUGCAUCUCUCCGUGACAUUGCAUGCUUCUUUAAAGGAGUGAGCAUGGAUCGGGUAACAAGACUAUCGAUCGAUUAUUAUAUGGACAUUGUUAUACAAGUUCUUCUGGAAAAAUCUCUAGUAACUCUGGUUGGAAGAAAAUUAUGGAUGCAUGACUUGCUACAACAAUUGGGUGAAACAAUUGUUUUCCAAGAAUGUCCUGAAGAGCCUGGCAAUUGUAGCAGGUUGUGGCUUCCGCAAGAAAUCAUCCAUGUACUUGAGAAGAAUAAGGGUUCAAGUGUACUUUGAGCGAUAGCCUUAGACUUUCCAAAAACAGAAGAGAUACACUGCCACUCAGAGGCAUUCUCUGUGAUGCAGAGACUUCAGUUUCUCCAAAUCCGUAAUGUGCAUAUGAAGGAAGGCCCCAGUUAUCUUCCUGGGGGAUUAAAGGUUCUGGAAUGGAGUGCGUAUCCUAUAGAAAGUCUCCCACAAAAUUUCAAUCCUGCUAGACUGUGUAAACUUAACCUCUGCUAUAGCAUGGUCGAACGACUUUGGACUGGAAGAAAGGACAUGCCCAAUUUGACAGAAAUCAAUUGAAGCUACUCUUGGAAGUUGACCGGGACCCCAGAUUUUACAUGCGCUUCAAGGCUUGAAAGAUUAAUUCUUGUAGGUUGUACAAGUUUGGUGGAGAUCCAUCCAUCCAUUGGAUUUCUUAAAAUGCUCACUUGCUUGAAUCUUAAAGAGUGCAAAAGUCUUAAAAGUCUUCCAAGUAAAGCUUGAAACGAAAAGCCUUCAAAUUCUUGUUCUUUCAGGCUAUUCAAAAGUCAAGAAAAUUUCAGAUUUUGUGGGAUCUAUGGAAUGCUUGUUAGAACUUUACUUGGAUGAGACUGCUUUAAAGUAAUUACCUAUAUCAGUUUGACUUCUGACUGGCCUCACUUUAUUAAAUUUGAGAGAUUGCAAAAAUCACAAGAGUCUUCCAAGUGAUAUUGGCAAUUUAAAGUCCCUCAAGCGUCUCGAUAUCUUUGGAUGCUCAAAACUUGAAACACUACCAGACAGCUUGGGAAAGAUAGACUGCUUGGAAGAGCUUGAUGCGGCUGGUGAUGGUUCCAUGAGCAAUAUACCAUCCUCUAUUUCCCGUUUGGAAAAUCUUGAAGUGUUAUCUCUUUGUGGAUGUAAAGCAAUGUCAGGCAACAUGACAAGAUAUCCCCUCAGUUUUCUGUUGCCCAUAAGUGGUUCAGGUGGUUUGUGUUCUUUAACGGAGCUAAAUCUCAGUGACUGUAAUCUUCAGGAGGGAAGCAUACUGGAAGAUUUUGGCUGCUUAUACCCUUUAGUUUCACUGAAUCUAAGCAAAAACAACUGUGAUAGUCUUCCAAAAAGCAUCAAACAGCUUUCAAAGCUUCGCAACUUGAAUUUGGAAAGUUGUAAGACUCUUCAAAAAUUGCCAGACCUCUCAUCAAGCUUAAACUUCAGUUUCAGGGCAGAUGGCUGUUUUUCACGGGAAAGGCUGUCAUCGUGUUUCAAUCUGAUUAAUUGCUCCAAAUUGGUUGUCAAUCAACGAUGCAACAAUAUAGCAUUGAUAAUGCUAUGGAGAUUUCUUCAGGGAAUUGCUUCUGCAGGAAAUAGAUUUGAAACUAUAAUUCCUGGCAGUGAAAUCUCUGAGCUGUUCAGUGAUCAAAGUGUGGGACCAGUUAUAAGCAUGGAGUUACAUCAACAAUGGCAGAAGAAUAAGUGGAUCGGAUAUGUAUUAUGUGCUGUUUUUGUUAUCAGUCGAGAUCUUCCAGUUUCAGCUAACCGGCUUGGUAAAUGGAGGUUCGGGACCCAUAGUACUGCUCAUGGUCUUCGAUGCGAAGUGAAGCCCGAGAAGCUGGGUGUGACUGGCUGGUGUCCUUUCUUUGCCUGCAGCCAAGAAUUAGGCCAAAUUGAGUCGGAACACCUUUGGCUAUCCUUUGUCUCUGGUGAUUAUUUUGGAACAGCAUGGCAAGAAACCUGUCAUAAGAUCGAGUUUA